AUGUCUGGACCUCCCCGCAAUCCGCCUUUCAGGGCUGAACACGUCGGGUCUUUGCUGAGACCUGAUGAGCUCGUCAAGAAGAGGUAUGCGAUUGCGGAUGGGAGUGCGAAGGCUGAUGAGCUGGCUCCUAUUGAACAGAAGGCUAUCAAGGAUGUUGUGAAGUUGCAGCAGGAUUGUGGGAUUCAUUCGAUCACGAAUGGAGAGUACUCGCGGCAUCAGUUUUGGGGGACGUUCAUGGAGACGUUGAAUGGAAUGGAGGAGAUUAAUUUGAGAGAGGGGGGUUAUGAUCAGAGUAUUUUUCGGGCUUAUGCGCCUGGAACUAUAGACGUCAAAUCCUUCAUGCACGCCAAAACAAUCCCGAACCAAGUCACCGUCGCCACAUCCAAACUCUCCCACACGGGAACAUCCACCUUCCUCCCCGAACUCCAAUACCUCCAAAGCAUCCUCCCCAGAGACCAACACAACCGCAUCAAGCUCACCCUUACCUCCCCCUCAUGGUACCAUUUCCGCUACGGCCCUAAUAAGGCUUACCUCCCCGGCGUCUACGCCAGCGAUGACGAGUAUUUCGCCGAUUUGGCCAAGGCGUACCAGACGGAGUUGAAGAUUCUGUAUGAUGCUGGCUUGAGGAAUGCGCAGGUUGAUGAUCCGAAUUUGGCGUAUUUCUGCUCCGAGCAGAUGUUGCAAGGGUGGGGGAAGGAUCCUGAGAAUUUCCAGACGGCGGAUGAACAGCUUGAUGCUUAUAUCAGGUUCUACAAUGCAUGUUUCGAACGGCCGGCAGACUUCCAUUUGGGGAUCCAUCUUUGUCGGGGAAACUACAUGGGCUCCAAGCACUUCUCCGAGGGUGCCUACGACCGUAUAGCGUCAAAGCUCUUCAAUGAGUUGAAUGUCUCGACAUACUACCUGGAAUACGACACGCCACGAGCGGGUGGCUUCGAGCCUCUCAAGCAUCUGCCGAAGGACAAGAAUGUGGUGGUCGGUGUGGUCACUUCGAAGUUUGCCGAGCUGGAGGAUAAGAAAGAUAUGGUCGACAGAGUCUACAAGGCCGCGACUUAUAUCGCUAAAGGGUCGGGCCAGACGGUCGAGCAGGCUUUGAAUCGGCUUAGUGUGAGUCCGCAGUGUGGGUUUGCUAGUCAUGCUGAGGGGAAUUCGUUGGAGAUUGAGGAUAUGAGGAAGAAGCUGCAGCUUGUGAGGGCUAUCGCUGAUGAGGUUUGGAAGGGUGAACCUUGA